AUGUCUGAUUCUCCACUUGAAUCAACUGAAUUUGAAUCAAGUACCAACACUCCAACCAUGGAAAGUACACAAAAUCCAGAUGUUGUUUUUAUUACAGCUGAUAACGAAGAAGUAGAUGCAGCAGCUACAACUAGUGUAGAACACGUCAACAAUGAAGAACCAACUCCAUUCACUAGAAGGAAGAGAAAGAAGACUUCAGGAGUUUGGGAACAUUUCCGGAUGGUAAAGUUGCAUGAUGGAACUGACUUGUGUGAAUGUAGCCAUUAUGGAGAAAAGUUUAAGAAAAUGAAAUAUGGAACCACCACACCGUUGCAUAGGCAUAUUGGUGAUUGUCCAAAGUUGAAAGUGGUUAACAGAGGUCAAUUAAGUUUAAAAGUGCAGCCUGGCAAAUCAGAUUCUUCAUCUAUGGUUCGAAAUUGGAAGUUUAACAAUGCAAAGAUGAGAGAGGUUAUUUCCCACAUGAUCAUGAUUCAUGAAUUACCUUUUAAUUUUAUGGAGUAUGGACUGUUUAAUGUGGUAAUGAAAGAAGCAAAUCCAGGAUUUAACAAGAUCUCACGUGCUUCUGUUAAACAAGAUUGUAUUUCCAGUUAUGAGAUUGGAAAGAAAAGAGUUCAAAAAUUAUUAGAUUCUAUCAAGCGUGUAAGCAUCACUACAGAUAUGUGGACAUCAAAUCAAAACAUCCAUUACAUGGUAGUUACAUGCCAUUUUGUAGAUUCUGAUUUCAAGCUUCACAAACGCAUGUUAAGUUUUGUUGACGUGCCUCCAUCGUAUUCUGGAGUAUGUAUCUAUGAUUCACUUUUUAUGUGUCUAAUGGAGUGGAACAUUGAGACAAAGGUGGUGACUUUGACAGUGGACAAUGCUAAGACUAAUGAUGUGGUGGCUAGAAAAUUGAUAGAAAAUUUGAAUCUUCAGAAGCAACUUGAUGUUGGUGGAAAAUUAUUUCAUGUGCGGUGUUGUGCACAUAUUCUUAAUUUGUUAGUUCAGGAUGGUCUUGGAGAAAUUAAAGACAUAAUUCAUAAUGUUCGUGAGAGUGUGAAACAUGUCAAUGCCUCUCCGGGUCGAUUGCAUAUUUUUAGUGAACUCGCCAAACAACUUUCAAUGACAAAAAAGAACUUGCUUUUAGAUGUUAGUACCAGGUGGAAUGCUACAUAUGCUAUGUUGUCUACUGCUUUAGAGUUCAAAGAAGUGUUUGUGAAUUAUGCCGAUCGAGAGUCUACAUACACUACUUUACUGAGCGAGGAAGACUGGAAGAAAUUUGAAGAGGUUUGCUCAUUCUUGGCACUUUUCAAUGAAGCUACAAAAAUCAUUUCAGGUUUCGAAUAUCCUACAUCCAAUUUAUUUCUUAGCGAAUUGUUUGGGAUAAAAGAAGCAUUGGAUGCAGUAGUUUUAGGAGGAAGUGAUUACAUGGAGCUAUGGUAUAAAAUGAAAUUGCUUGAGUUUUCUUUCCAAACUAUUUAUUCACAUGAUGAGGCUUCGAGAGAAAUGCAAAUAGUUCGAUGUAUUUUAUAUGAGUUAUACCAAGAAUAUGUUGAGGCUCAUAAAGCAGCAAAUGUUGUUUCAUCUACUAAUGGGAGUCAAAGUGUUAGUAUUGGUGGUACUUCUAAGAGUAGUGUUAGCUCCUUAUUCAGUCAGUUUGGUAAAGGUAUUAAAACUGGCACAGCUAAAUAUGACCAACAUAUUAGAAGUGUCGAUACUUUUACAUUUUUCAAUUCAGAAUUGGACACUUAUUUGGAGGAAGGAGUUUUAAUUGGUGAGCCUGGUGUAUAUUUUGAUGCCUUGGGAUGGUGGAAGGAGAACAAUCUUAAAUUUAACAUUUUGUCAAAAAUGGCUGCUGACAUAUUGGCAAUUCCGGUCACUAAUGUUGCUUCUGAAUCUGCUUUCAGUGCUGGUGGGAGGGUUAUUGAUCCGCAUCGAUCCUCUUUAGGAACUAAGAUGGUAGAUAUGCUUGUUUGUGGAGCUGAUUGGUAUCGUCAAUACUAUGGGUUGGAGAAAAAUAAAAACAAGCAAAACGAAGAUAUCAUACAUGUUGAGCUUCCUUGA